AGUCUAAGGCUAAGUUUAGGGUCUAGUUUUUGUAAGGUUUUAAUGGAGUUUAGAACCCAAGUUCAUCCCAUCCACACUAAUAGCAUAGGAUAGCUCUUUCAAUUCCUUGUCCUGGCCUGUUACCACUACAUUGAACACGUAAAAGCAUAUGGAAACUCUUGCUUGUAAUUUUCACUCAUUUACCUUCAAUUUGUCAAAAUUCUCAAACUCUCUCUUUUCUAAAUUCCCUCGUCACCAGGUCACACCAGCAACAACCUUGAGCUUGAGGAUGACUCAUUCUCACUCUUCUCAAAAUCCAGUGAUUGAGCAGCAGAGAGUUAUAAUUCCAAACAAGCAUGGAGAAAAGCUUGUUGGAUUGUUACACGAAACUGGGUCUAAAGAAAUUGUGAUCUUAUGCCAUGGUUUCAGAUCCACCAAGGCUGAUCGUACUAUGGUCAACCUUGCUGUUGCUUUAGAGAAAGAAGGAAUCAGUGCCUUUCGUUUUGACUUUGCUGGAAACGGAGAAAGUGAAGGGUCAUUUGAGUUUGGUAACUACUCGAAAGAAGCCGAUGAUUUGCAUUCCGUUAUCCAGCACUUUUGCGAGGCAAACCGCAUAGUAUGUGCGAUUCUUGGGCAUAGCAAAGGAGGCGAUGUUGUGCUUCUCUAUGCCUCUAAGUAUCAUGAUAUCCACACUGUCGUCAACGUCUCUGGCCGCUAUGAUCUGAAGAAAGGCAUUGAAGAACGCUUUGGGAAAGACUUUAUGGACAGAAUUCAGGAUGGAUUUGUUGAUAUUAAGAAUAAGAAAGGUGUUGAGUAUCGUGUGACUAAGGAAAGUUUGAUGGAGCGCUUAAGUUUAGACAUGCACGAAGCAUGUCUUAAAAUCCCCAGAGAAUGCAGGGUGUUGACGGUCCAUGGAUCUGCCGAUGAAAUAAUCCCUGUCGGAGAUGCCUUGGAGUUCGCCAAGAUCAUACCGAACCACAAGUUACACAUCGUAGAAGGUGCCAAUCAUAAUUAUACUUCAUAUCAAACUGAGUUAGCAUCAGUGGUUUUGAAUUAUUUAAAGGAAACUUUACAGCAAGACUAGUGUUCCCAGGUACUGUUCAUGCCGAGUAAAAUUUCAAGCUAAUUUCAGCCAUGUUCUUAAUAAGAAUGUAAUAGAAGGGACCUUAAAAAAAAAAAAAGAGAGGCUAAUGGAAACUGCAUACACUGGCCAUUGCUGUUUUGAAUGUUUGGAAACAUGUUUUUUUGUGUAAGUUA